AUGAGACUUGAGAACAAUGGAGUAACUUCCAACUCUCAGUCGUCAAAUGCGCCCGGAGUUGCCAGUAACAAUGGACUCGUCGGCAGCAAUGGAGCACUCAAGCCGGCUGCAUCGGAGAUCCACAGCAAUGGCUCUGCUGUGAGGAAUGGGAUGGCGGGAAAGCUGGACAGCGCGGGGAUGGCGUGUAGGGCGGCUCCGAUGCGGAGCGACUACUUUGGACACGACCGGGAGGAGGUCACCAGAAUUUUGAUUCAGGCGUUGGGGGAUCUAGGCUACGCUAAGGCAGCGAUCACGCUAGAAGACGAGAGCGAGUACACGCUGGAAAGUCCGUACGUAUCGAGCUUCCGCCAUGCUGUGCUCAAAGGAGACUGGAACAACGCGGAAAAGCUGCUGGAAGGGAUGGAGAUCCACCAGGAUGCUGACACCAAUGCCCUACUGUUCUACCUUCGACAGCAAAAGUUUCUGGAGCUCUUGGAGAUGAGAGAUGUCUCGAAUGCGUUAUAUGUAUUACGCACCGAACUCACACCACUCGGCCACAGUAGCGAGAGGGUGCACUUCCUGUCGAGUUUAAUGAUGUGCUUAACAGCCGACGAUGUCAAACAACAAGCGAACUGGGACGGUGCUCUUGGGAUAUCACGUCAACACCUCUUAUCCGAACUGUCAAAGUUUAUAUCGCCGGCAAUAAUGAUUCCUGAACACCGAUUGGCAUCAUUAUUGCAGCAGGUCAAGAAAACGCAGAUAGCAAACUGCUUGUACCACAACACGUCGAACCCGCCGUCGCUAUACUCAGAUCACACCUGCGACCGGAAUCAAUUUCCGUUACUGACGAUACAAACACUUUCCGAUCACACGGACGAAGUUUACUGUGUCAAAUUUUCGCAUGAUGGAACAAAAAUGGCUUCGGCAAGCAAAGAUAAGACUAUCAUCAUCUGGGACGUCAAGAGCUUUAUGCCGCUGUGCGUUUUGGAGGGACACACCAAGGACGUGACAUACGUAGAAUGGUCGCCAGCCGACACUCGACUGGUCAGUUGUUCUCGAGACAAGACUGCAAGGCUGUGGGACAUAACGGAAGGAAUCUGCAUCAAAACCAUGUCGGAAUUCACAGAACCCGUCUCUUCGGUAACAUGGGCGCCUGAUGGCCAAACAUUCAUCACGGGGGGCAUGGACGAGUACAUGAUCUCAUGGGAUGCCCAAGGAGAGAGACUCUACCGAGCAUCCGCGCCACGAACCUACGACCUUGAGAUCACCGCCGAUGGUUCGAAGAUUGUUACAGUGUGUAUCAAUGACCAGCUACACGUGUACGACUUCCACAAUUGGAAGAAUCAGCGUAGCUACAGUUUAGGGAGUCGGCUCACUGGGCUCGAGACGACAAAGGACUCACGAUAUGCCAUUGUGAAUACGGCCGCACGAGAGGUCAUACUGGUGGAUCUGGAGAAUGGCAGGGUGAUACAGAGAUAUAGCGGACAGGUGCAGGAUCAAUGGGUCAUUCGAGGCUGUCUAGGCGGCGCCAAUGAGAAUUUUGUGCUCUCGGGCAGCGAAGACUCCAAUAUCUACGUGUGGCAUAAGCAGAACGGCCAGCUGGUGGAGAAGUUGGCGGGUCACACUGGCACAGUCAACUGUGUUGCAUGGAAUCCGUCCAAUGCCCAGAUGUUUGCCUCCGCGGGAGAUGACCGGACGAUACGGAUGUAA